CACGGGCCUUUUAGUACAGUAUUUGCCUGUCGUUGCAGCUGUGACAAUCAAUAAUUUUUGGGGGCUUCUUUGCCCAGAAGUGAGGAGAGAUGUGGGGCUACCAGCCCGAGCCGGGCAUUUUGUCCCCCGACGACAAUCGCAGGUUCAACGCGCCUUUUAAUAUGGCCACGAUCAAGCAGGUGAUCAACGAGGCUGUCGAGCGGGUGCGAAUGCCCACCCCGAUGCGGCUGAGGGACCUCAUCCGUCAAAUCAGGGCUGCGAGGACGGCCGCUGAGGAGAGGGCCGUCGUCAACAAGGAGUGCGCGUUGAUCAGGGCCUGUUUUCGGGAGGACGACUCCCUUUGGCGGUGUCGAAAUCUGGCCAAGUUGCUCUACAUCCACAUGCUCGGCUAUCCGGCACACUUUGGGCAACUCGAGUGCCUCAAACUGAUCGCCUCGCCCAGGUUCACUGACAAGCGGAUAGGCUACCUGGGGGCCAUGCUGCUGCUCGAUGAAAGACAGGACGUCCACCUGCUCAUCACAAACAGUCUCAAAAAUGACCUCAAUUCUUCAACCCAGUUUGUGGUCGGACUGGCCCUUUGUACAUUGGGUGCUAUUGCUUCGCCUGAAAUGGCCCGAGAUCUUGCCUCAGAAAUCGACAGACUGGCGCGCAGUCCCAACGCUUAUAUUAGGAAAAAGGCAGCCCUGUGUGCAUUCAGGGUGGUGCGAAAAGUGCCUGAGAGCAUCGAAAUUUUCCUUCCAGCCACCAGAUCACUUCUUACUGAGAAAAACCACGGUGUUCUAAUUACGGGCGUGACUUUGAUCACGGAAAUGUGUGAGAAAAGCCCAGACACGCUUGCCCACUUCAAAAAGCUGGUGCCAAAUUUGGUCAGGAUCCUGAAGAACCUAAUUCUGGCUGGCUACAGUCCUGAGCACGACGUCUCUGGUGUCAGCGACCCGUUCCUGCAGGUCAAAAUUCUGCGCUUAUUAAGAAUCUUAGGCAAGGGUGAUGUCGAGACCAGUGAAGCCAUGAAUGACGUCUUAGCACAGGUGGCAACAAACACGGAAACAUCUAAAAACGUUGGCAACACAAUCCUAUACGAAACCGUUUUAUCCAUCAUGGACAUUCAAUCCGAGAGCGGACUGCGCGUUUUAGCCAUCAACAUAUUAGGCCGAUUCCUACUUAAUAAUGACAAAAAUAUCAGAUAUGUGGCAUUGAACACGUUGCUCAAGACCUCAGCCAAAGACUUAUCAGCCGUGCAGCGCCACCGAUCAACUAUUCUUGAGUGCCUCAAAGAUCCGGACGUUUCAAUUCGUCGACGAGCGAUGGAACUGUGUGUGGCCCUUGUCAAUCACAGCAACGUCCGUUCCAUGGUUGCCGAGCUUCUUCUCUUUGUCGAGCGCUCUCCUGAGCCCGAAUUUAAAUCGGUCUGCUCCUCACACAUCAUGCACUGCGCUGACAAGUAUAGCCCUGAAAACCGGUGGCGACUUGAUACUUUACUGAAAGUUAUUGUUGCUGCUGGAAACAAUGUUAGAGAUGACGUUGUCAGCUCCACCAUUCAACUCAUCUCUGAUUCAUCUCGAGACAUCCAAGCAAGCAUCACUGCAGAUUUUUGGCAUGAGUUGUGUGAUGACAAGAUGGAUAGGCAGCCUCUGGUACAGGUUGCCAUGUGGUCGUUAGGAGAGUACGCUGAUAUUUUGUUAUAUGACUCGGAAUAUGCAGGAAAGCUUAACGAGGAUGAAAUUUUGGAUGUGUAUCAACGCAUUUUAUGGGCGCCACAAAAUACGAUAGUCACCAAACAAUACACCCUCCUGUCACUUGUAAAACUCAGCACCAGAUUCCGAAGUGCCACUGAAAGGCUUAUGCAAAUGGUUAAAAUUUUUGGUUCGCAUCUGAACAUUGAAAUGCAGCAAAGAGGUGUCGAGUUCACUGCCCUCUUCAGCCAUCCUGAUCACCUGCGAGCAAGUCUGCUCGAACGGAUGCCGCCCAUUCCAUCGUCCAAACCCAAGAUGGACGAAAUGGGAGGUGGAACUCCGGAGAACGAGAGUCUGGUGAUUGAUCAGGUUGAGGAGCCGCAGGACUCUGGUAGUGCCCUGCUUUUACUGCUUGGAGGCUCGACCGGUGACUCGUUUGUUGCGCCUGAGACGAAUGUGAACUCGAUUGAGAACAACCAAGACUUGCUAGAUCUGCUGGGAGGCCUCGACGGCCCCUCGCUCAACAACUGCGACAUUCCCAAGGCUCCAGUCAAUAAGCCAAUUCUAACUGUAUUUGAAAAAGACAACUUGAAAAUUAACUUUGAAGUGGAGCUUUUGAACGACGGAGGUUACGAGAUCCUCAUGACUGCAUACAACUUUAGCAACAACCAAACCUUGGACAACUUUAUUCUUCAAGCGGCAGUCCCCAAGACAUUUGUGCUUAAAAUGCAUCCAGCAUCCUCGACGCAGCUGCCACCCACAGGCGAGAUCAACCAAGUCAUCAGUAUUAAAAAUCCUUCAAAUGGCGUUCUUCGAAUGAGACUGAGAAUUUGUUAUUCUGCGAAUGGACAGACCGUCACAGAACAAACUGAAGUCAAUCAGUUUUCUCCGACCUCUUGAAUUCCUCAAUGUGAUUAAUUUGUAUUUAUUAUCACCGCUGGGACUUGUAUGUUAUUAGCUGUUGGGUUUAGAGCGCGUCAAUACUAAUAUUAAUAAAACGGCAUUAUUUUUAAAUUCA